AAAAUCUAAAAAUUUAUUUAUACAAGAUUACAAUUCAUAAUAUUGGUAAAUCGCUAUGUCAUUCCAUAAGUUUGUUUUCACAUCUUGCCAAUAGGACAACGUCACCUGAUCAAUGUAGCCUAACCAAAUUAAUGCAUCUCUGUGCAGUGGAUGGUCAUCUGGUAUCUGGAUAUUGUAACUGCUUUUAUAGUUAAACACCUUCUCUGAUAAUAUUUCUUCUUUAAUUUUGAGAACUCCCAUACCCGACGCUGGUAUCGGUAGGUGGAUUAAAGGCUGGAAUUAAAACAAAAAAUUAAUCAAUGAUAAAUAAAUCAUUCUCACCAGUGUUUAUAAAAAAAAAUCUAAAAGUUUAUUUCUAUUAUAUAAUUACAUAGCAAGUUUUUUGUGUCGCUCUCUCUCAGACUGUCGAAAUUUUUCUUUUUGUCUCUUCGACAGCUUCGGAGGUUGCUCCCUAAUUAUAUUCUUUGAUAUGGCUGCCUGUUUGAUAUAUUGUAAGGGUGAUUCAUAGUACUCGUUAUCCCAAUUUUCUUCACCACUUACAAUCUGUUGGGGUUGGCACUCGUUAUUCCAUUUGUUGUCAUCACCCCCCUGUUGAGACUCCAAGUGUAGGUACUUGUACCUACGCUUGAUGUGUUCUAGUGGGGAUUCCUGGUACUCGUUAUCCCAAUUUUCUUCACACACUAGCGAUAGGUGGAUUGGGGGCUAAAAAAAAAAAUUAAUCAAUGAUAAAUAAAUUUAUCUUACCAGAAUACCUUUUAUGAAUCAGACAUAGUUUUAUAACAAUACAAUGUAGGUUCAGUGUCCCUGUGGACUUCUAAGGAUCUUUUACAGAAACAAAAAAAUUUCUUGCAAUCAAAACAUGGUAAUGUUCCAUAUAUUUUGUUGUCCCAGAAUAAUGUAGGUAGAGUUUGAGGUUUUAUGUUUUUCUCAGUCUUAAAUUGUAAGUUCAUAAAUCGUUUUUGGUCUUUAAAAACUGCCUCCCAUUUAUUUAGAUCAGACUGAAAUAAAGAGUUUUAUUUCAAAAUAUAUUUUAUCAAUAUAGUAUAGUUAUGCCUACCUGCAUAAUUUCAUUGUUAGUUCUGGGUGGCUGUAGAUUAAUUAAAAAACGAUUUACAAAACUUUAUAAAAUAAUACUAUUAUUUAUCAUUGAAACCCCAUGGAAGAGUAUCAGUGGAUAAAUAAUUUAUUAUUCUCUUAUCAUCGUAUGGACUGAGUGCUACCUUUGUUUGAGACAUUGUAUAUACAUCAUGCUUUUUCAAAAUUAUUGAAUGUUGGGAAAUUUCUACUACUAUUUUAUUAAAUAAACUUGCAUAAUAGUCGUUAUAGGACAGUUCUGAUAAUGCUGAUUUUUUUAUUCCUUUAGCCUUUUUUAUUUCCUCAUUCUUAUUUAAAAUUUUCAUAGUGUACAUUUUCGAACGUAAUCCUAUAAAAUGUGUCAUCAAUUCCCCUUGGUUCUCAUCUUUCAUUAGACCUAACACUUUUUUAUUCUUUAAUGGAAUAUUAUAUACAUUAUUCUCUUUGUAUUCUGAUGUAUCAAAUUUGUCAAUGUCUUCUCUAUGUUUAUAUAUAUCGUCAACAAAAAACUGAUAUAUUAAACUAUCUGUAUCUGUAUAUAAUAAUUUUGCGUGAUCUCUAAAUUUGUUUAUGACAUAAUUAUAAUGAAAGUCAUAUAGAAUGGUUUUGGAAAUAUCUAAAAUACACGUCCCUUUAUAUAUAUUGGUUUAUUAAAAUUGACUUUUUGUUUUGUCAUUUCAAUUAUUACAGUACUGUCAUCGAAAAUAGUACAACUAUGAAAAUUAGGUUGGGAAAUAUAGAAAUUUGCUCCAUAUCUUCCAUUAUAUUUGUUGACGAUAUGGAUUUGCCUAUGUCGCCUGGGGUCCUCUAUACUUUUACCAUAUGGGGCAUUUAUGAACAAUUUAUAUAGGUUUUUUUCAAAUUCAUUUUUACUCUCCUUACGCAAGGCAAUGUUUAAAUCGAUAUAUUUUUUUAACCAAGGGGAUUGUUUAAAUUUUAAACAGCGAUGAAUUUUUGUUAUUUUUAAACCCAACUUAACAAUCUGUUUCAAAUAUAUAUAAUGAAUAACAUAUUUUUUUUAUCGUACAAUGUGGUUAACAAUUUGGGAAUUGUUGAAUUAGAAGAUGGUGGGACCAUGAGAGUGGAAUUAUUAAUUUAGACAAUAAAGACGGACCUGGAACACAUUGGACAGCUUACAAGAAGAAUAAAUCCAAAGUUGUGUACUUUAAUAGUUUUGGCAAUCUGAGACCACCGUUAGAAGCUAUAUCAUACUUUAAUUCAAAUGGUUAUUGUCAAAUUGUAUAUAAUCAUAAAAUUUAUCAAACUUAUAACACUGUAAAUUGUGGACAAUUGUGUUUAGAUUUUUUAAAUAAAUAGUUCGUUUAAAAUAUUUGUUUUUUAUUUACUUUCUGGUUAUUGCAUGAUCAACAUGUCGUACACUUUUGUGUUAUCUGGAAGAGAAUCAGUGUUAUCAACCAAAAUAUAUCCUCCAAUUAUUUUAAAUGAAAAUGAACAGUAUGUACUAGGUUUAAUAGAUUUUAUGUCAUACAAUACAAUUCCAAAUGUAGACCAAACAAACAACAAGUUUCAUAUAGAUGGUUACGAUAUCACAAUUCCAGAAGGUUCAUGUGAGGUGAAAGAUCUUUAAAGUUAUUUAACUGAAAAAAUAACCGAGUUGGAAUUAAAAUUAUAUCGAACACCUGAAAAAGAUGAGACAGACAUUGAUAAAAAUACAAAAGGAGAGAAGCAAAAUUUAGUUACUCAAGGAGGAAACGCAAAAGCUAGAAAACAGCAUAAUAUGGAUCAACCUACAAGUCUAAUAAUGAGAAUUAAUAACAAUACACUCAAAUGUGAAAUAAAAAGCAACAAAGUAAUCCAUUUUGAAAAACUAAAUACCAUUGCUCCCUUAUUAGGCUUUACAUCAAAACGACUCUCACCUCUAAAGACUCACGUAGCUGAAAAUCCUGUGCAUAUUUCAAAGGUGAAUUCAAUUUGUGUAGAAUGUAAUCUAAUCACUAAUUCAUACGUCAAUGAAAAUCAAGGUCAUAUUAUUUACAUGUUUUAUCCAAAUGUCUUACCAGGUUACAAAAUUGUUGAAAUUCCAAAAAAAGUAAUUUAUUUACCUGUCACCAAUAGAUAUAUUGAUGAAAUUUUCAUUAAAAUAGUCGACCAAGAUGGUAAUCUUGUCAAUUUCACACGAGAAGUUAUUACGUUAAGACUACAUUUAAAAAAAGUAUAAAUAAUGGUUGUUAUAUACAACUGUAGUAAAUUUAAUCCAAGUGUGGACGGUGUAUAUAAUAUUAAAAGUUUUGAUAAAAACAUUAGCGAUAAGCAGACGCUCAAGCCGUUAACAAUAGAAAACAAAGUCUUUUUAACCUCACUAGGAUUUAAAAUAAAACAUAACAAUAACAACGACAGUAACAAGGAAAAAGAAAAGAAAUACGUGGUGUAGAAUAAAGUUGUUUAUUAAUACUAGAAUACUUGGCAUUUUCCUGAGGUGUACUUGUAAGAAAAGUGAAUAUGAGUUUUAACAUUUUAAAUAUUGCAGAUCGUGUGUUGGUUGACAAUUCAAUUGUUAGUCGAGAAAUGCACAGUCAUUUACCCUAUGCUAAUGCCACUUUUAAUCACUGUGAUGAAAUAAGAUUGCCAAUACAAACUCAAGAUAUAUAUAUACACAACCUUCUGAGAGUUAUUUGUAUAUUGAAGGACGUUUAACGAAUGAUGGGAAAGAAAGCAAUACUUUACACUUUGUUAAUAAUGGUUUGAUGCAUUUAUUUGAUGAAAUACGAUAUGAAAUUGGAGGCUGUGUAAUAGAUAGAGUGAGAAAUGUAGGUAUAACAACGACAAUCAAAAACUAUGUUUCGUUCACACAAACUGAAUCUAAUCGAUACAACUGUAUAGGUUGGAGUAUUACUGACACACCAACUGUUGCUGAUAAAUCAGGAAAUUUUAAUGUUUGCAUUCCACUCAAACUUGUACUUGGGUUUUUUGAAGAUUUCAUCAAAAUUCUAAUUAACAUACGCCAAGAACUCGUAUUGAUAAGAAGUUCAACAGAUUUAAAUGCAGUAAUGUCGACAGUAGAAACUGAAAAACCAAAAGUGGAAAUAUUUAAAUUAAUGUGGAAAAUGCCUCAUAUUCAAGUGUCCGAUUCAGAAAAAUUACGCUUAUUUAAAUUUAUUGAAAAUGGAUCCAAUUUAGAGCUUGCAUAUAGAAGCUGGGAAUAUCAUGAAAUUCCUCUACUUUCUCAGACAAUGAAAUUUAACUGGAAUGUAAAAACUACCAGCCUGUUAGAGAGACCACGAUUUGUUUUGUUUGCAUUACAAACUGGUAAAAAGAAUGCAAUAAAAGAAGACAACAGCUAUUUUGAUCACUGUUUUAUUACAAACUUAAAACUAUUCCUAAAUUCUGAAAUGUACCCGUAUGACAAUUUAAACUUGAACUUUAGUAAAAGACAGUAUGCCAUUGCAUAUGAAAUGUACGCACAAUUUCAACCGUCGUACUAUUACAAAGCUGUUGGUGAUCCAUCUCUAACUAUGUUACAAUUCUGUGCUGUUGCUUCUAUAUUUGUUAUUGAUUGCAGCAGACAAAAUGAAUCAGUUAAAUUAGGAAGUGUUGAUAUGAGAAUAGAAAUAGAAACUACAAAGAAUAUACCAGCUAACACAACUGCCUAUUGUAUAAUUAUGCAUCACCGUAUUGUUAAUUAUAAUCCUCUAACCAAUGUCGUUCAAAUGUUUUAACUGUAGUUCAUCUAAUGAAGUAAAUCUGUAUUGUGGGUUUUAGUAUAAAUAAAAAGUUAAAAAAAGUUUAUUCUUAUUUAACGUCCUGUAC